GGACUGCAACAUGUGCUCGAAGAAAUGUCAUUUCAUUUGUUUUUCUUUUCUUGAACACAGCAGAAAAUUUUGUUAAUUUUCUAAAUAAUUUUAAAUUGUAAAAUUUUUGAAAAGAAUUUAUAAAACAAAAUGGGAACAAAAAAGGUAAAAAUCAGUUCCGUAAAGCGUUCGGCCCAUUUGAAAAACAAAAAGGCUCCUCUGAGCAAGCAACAACAACAGAAACUGGCCCAGCAAAAGGCAGCCAAGGAGCGGGGAUCAAAUAUUUUCAUACAAAAAGCCCGUAAAAAGGAUGAUGUGUUUCAAAAGAAAAAACAAAAUAAACGCGAAUCAUUGGGUUUGCCUAUGAACGUGGAUGAGGAUGGUGAUCAAGAUGAUGAUGAGUUGUUGGACAACGUUGCCGAUAUGUUAGAUGGUGAGGAUUUGGAAUAUUUACAGCUUAAAAGGGGUAAGCAACGUAAGCGUAAACAUGCUGUCGAUGAUGAGGCAGAACAUGAUGAUAUUAAACAUUCGGUGGGUUUGGAGAAACAAUUUGCUGUGGAUACUGCCCUUGAAGAGGAAAGCAAAAAAAUUAAAGUUGAUUUACUGCCCAUUAAAAGUCGUGAUGGUGAAAUUAUAACACGUACUGCUGAAGUCGAUUAUAAACCAAAACCCAAAGUAAAGAAGGGACAAGCUGAAGAGGAGCCCGAUGAGAAUGCUGACGAAGAAGAAGAAGCUGCUGAAGAAUAUGAAGACAGUGAUGAUGAUAUAGUGUAUGAUGAAGAAGAGAGCGCUAUAAAAGCAGCUGCCGAAAAGAAAAUGAUUUCCACUACAGAUUUGCUAAUAGCUCGCCAACAGGAAAUUGAGCGACAAAAAUAUCGUAUUGGUAUUAUUUGUUCGGGUAUCCUAGAGAAACCAGAAGAUAAAAUGCGCAAUUUUAACGCUCUCUUUGAGCUUAUGGAUGAGACUGGUAAUAAUGGUGUACCCAAUCUGCUAACAGUACGUAAAGUGGCCAUAAUUUCUCUAACGGAAAUUUUCAAAGACAUUUUACCCGAAUAUCGUGUAGGUCAAAUCGAUACUAAAAUGCAGCAAGUACGCAAAGCUACCUUGGAAAGAGUAACCUAUGAAAAUGCCCUCCUACAGCAAUUCAAAAAGUUCUUACAACGUUUGGAAAAAUUAACGGCCAUUGUGAAUCGUAAAGGUCAUGGCCGCAUAACACCACAAGCUGUUAAAAUGGCCGAGGUGGCAGUACAAGCUAUGUGUGAUCUUCUCAUAGCCCAUCCCUACUUUAAUUAUGUCAAAAAUAUUGCUCAACUAUUGGUCUACAUGCUUAACAGCAACUAUCCCCGUAUGCGUGAUGCUGUAAAUAAAUGUUUCCGUUUUGUGUUUGCCAACGACAAAAAACUAGACAUGACACUUUUCAUUAUACGACGCAUAAAUCACUUGAUUAAAACCAAAAAUAAUAAUGUCCACCUGGAGUGCAUUACCUGUUUGCAGGAUCUUAAAAUUAAAAAUGUUAAUUUAGACGCUGAAAAAGAAAAUGAAUUAAAGCAGAAAAAGUUGGAAGCUCAUCGACAACGUUUGUUGAGUUUGUCUAAGAAGGAACGUAAGAGGCGCAAAAAAUUGGCAGAAUUAAAUAAAGAAUUGGAAGAGACCAGAGCUGAGGAAAACAAGCAGACCAAACAUUUCAAAUUGACUGAAAUUGUUAAAAUGUUAUUUAACAUUUAUUUCAGAGUCUUAAAGAAUGACCCAACUUCAAAAGUUUUGAGUGCAAUUUUAGAGGGUUUGGCAGAAUUCGCCCAUGUCAUUAAUUUGGAUUUCUUCUCCGAUUUAAUUGAAGUUCUUAAUAACAUACUAGAGACACAAGAAGAGUUAGGCUAUCGUGAACAGUUGCAUUGCAUUAAAACCAUUUUCGUUAUACUCUCAGGUCAGGGUGAAGUCUUAAACAUUGAUCCCAUACGUUUCUAUCAACAUUUCUACAAAAAUAUGUUGGCUGUUAAUGCUGGUAAAAAUCAUGAUGAUUUUAGAAUCAUCUUAGAGACCCUUGAUGAAGUACUCGUUAAGAGAAGACGUAAUAUGAGUCAACAACGUUUAAUGGCCUUCGUUAAACGUUUACUAACGAUUAGUUUAAAUCUUUUGCAUCAUGGUACUCUGGCCAGUUUGGGUACUAUUAAGACCACUUUCCAAUUGACUUCUGUUUUGGAUAUACUACUCGAUACAGAUGAUAGUAUUGGUUCGGGUAAAUACGAUCCAGAAUUAGAAGAUCCAGAAUAUUGUAAUGCUUCAUGUACAGCUUUAUAUGAAUUAAGUUCAUUGGCAAGACAUUACCAUCCCACUGUACGUAAGAUGGCUAUGCAUAUUGCUAAUGGAGUGCCAGCAUCUGGUGAUGGUUCUUUGCCUUCGGAAAUUGGAAAAUUAUCUGCUUUUGAAUUGUUCGAUCAGUAUGAUAGUACUCAAAUGGUUUUUAAUCCUACUAUACCUUUACCUAAACAGUGUCAACCUAAACUGAAAAAGGGACGUUAUAACUAUAUUAAUAAGGAUUUUAAACCUUUCUAUCAGUCCAUGUUAAAACAACGCCAUGUAGUGCAUAGCAAUAGUAAAGUGAAACAAACAUAUUUUGAUUUUUAUAAGGAUUUGAAAAGCAAAUAAAGUUGUAAAUAAUUA